AUGUCGACGACGAUGAGAGCGUCAGGGGCGACGACUCCCUCGAAAACAGCCUCCUCAUCCUCUCACUUUCUGGAAGACAGGAAGAAAAAAGUGACCGAGUUGUGCGAGACACUCGUGGAACGCAUUCUCCCGAGAGAGAUUAUCAGCGGCGAUAACAUCGAAGACGAACAGUUAGCGGAAGAGAACUACGUGAAAUGCGUUGAAUUCUGUCGAACGAACUGUCGUCUGGCAUCGACGUCGAUGAAUUCGACCACGUCCAAAGAAGAGGUGAAGCGAGAGUGCUUGGAUAUUCUGGACCGUUUCGCUCGGGAAGCGCAAAUGAGCAAGAGAUAUUCGUUGACUGUGCUUUUCGACGCGUUGGAGAGAGAGAACGAGAGAAAUCGAAGGAAAUUUACGUACGAAGACGAAGACGACGAGGAGUUUUGGUCGAGAGUAGCCUUAUUUUUGUUGAGGAGCGCGGGGAAGCCGAUGAAGAGCGCGUACGAACCAUCCAGUUCUUCAUUAUUGAAGUCGUUGGAAGACAAAGAAAGAGAAAGGCGAGAACGACGACGACGACAACAAGAACGAAGAGAGCAAGAAGAGCACGCAUCGUCGGUAGAAGACACGGUGCGACUUCCAGAAAUAUCAACAGCGAGAACGAAUUCUUCGCAAGAACGGAGUAAAAAGAAGAAUAGACGCGGAGAGUCGUCGUCGUCGGAUUCCUCGCUUUCGGAGUGGUUCGACACAGACGACGAGGAGGAAGAUGUAAGAAGAAGAAGAAGAGGAGGAGGCAUGAGCACACCAAAACAAACAAAAAUCGAGACAGAGAAGAAGACGGAAAACAGGAGUGAUGAUAACACUUCGACAUUCUCGUUUGAAUCGUUAUCUUCAGACAAUGACGACGAAGUAUCUUUCUCGGACGAUGAUAUCGAAGAGGAUGAUGGCGAUGGGUAUUCGAUUCGAAUCAGGGACGAGGAUGAAGAAAAUGCAAACGAAGAAGAUCCUGGUUUUUCUUGGAGAUCACUUCCUGAUGGUAUCGAUGAGGAGAGUUUAGAAAUGCGUGAAUUUCACGGCAGCAGUGGGAAGAAUACCCUCGGCACUUCGUCGACAAGUCAUGAAAACGCAAGGAAAAUUUCGCGAGCUUCAUUUGCGCAAAUGGAACGAGCUCGGAGAAUGCUUCGAAAGUUGCGCAAUAGUACUGAGAAGAAGGACAAGAUAGAUAUAUCGUUCUUCUCUUUACGUGUAGACCGAGGUAGAAUGAGGAAAUUUACGACGACUGUUGGAGAAUCUUUGGUCGUUUCCAGAACUUUGAAUGCGAUUGCCUCUGGAGGCGUUGCUAAUUUUGAUAUUGAAUCGAUGGAAAUACCGCACGUUUCAAAAAGUGCAUUAACGAACGUUCUGAAAACGAGUAAGCAAAUUAUGGAUGUAUUUGAAGACAUUGGAAGAGUCAAAGAGCGAUUGAAAAACUUGAGUAAUUUGUUCGCGGUUGAAGGUAAACAAAGUCCGACUGUUCAAGCGUUCGUGAGCGCGUUGAUGAAGAUGAAAGCAGAAAUUCAACAUGGAUUUGACGAGUUGUUCGAAGCAUCGCGAAGAGCGAGCGCACACGCGGACGCGUUUUCUGCGCCUACGUUGCUUCGCUUGUCCAUUGAAAGCAGGAAACUUGCAAGAAAGGCAUCGUGUUUACAGCGAAUAGCGGACAUGUGCAGUCCUGGACCGAAGAGUUCGGUUGGAAAGUUUGCGCAUCCCGCGACUGCGUCUUCAACUAUUUUAUCGAUGCUAUAUAAUCUCAUGAACGAAUAUAACGGAUUAUCGGGGAGCCUCGAUGAAUUUUCGAUUGUUUUUAGGUGCUUCUUUAGCAGUUCAACGUCAUAUUUUAAUGCUCUAGAUGUUUGGAUUAAUUAUGGGAUUUUGACGAGUCCUGAGAUAUUCGUCGACUGGAAGAAAUCGACGCGGUGGAGAGAAGGAUGGUAUUUGCGCGAAGAUAAGGAUGUGCCUGUUUUUUUCAAGUCAGUAGCCGAAGAUAUUUUGAACGCGGGUAUUUAUAGAGAGUUCUCGAGGAUGAAAUUUGCCGACGAUGACGGCGACGAUGACGUUCAAAAUCAAGCUGGUAAAAAGUUGACGUUUGUUCCGAAGAUGAUUUCAGAAUUGAAAGCGCUUCUUCUUUUGCGCACAUCAUUAGAAAAUAAGGACGAGAACGACAUCAACGACGACACUAUAGCCGCUUCCACGAGAACUUUGCGGACGGAUGCACCUGUUCAAAUCGAACAGGACCCUGCGCAAAGUCAAGGCGACGAUAAUGACGCAGCUUUUAGCACCGAAGAUGCUCUGCUUUCAGAUUUGAAAAGCAUUGUCUCGUUGACGAAAGCUCGAAGUAGAAAGAGCGCGCAUUUUUCUCAUUCAUCCAAAGAGACGACGAAAACGACUUUUAGCGAAUGUUACGAUUUCAUAAAUUGGGCUUCGACGUAUUUCGAUAAUGAUACGUGCACAACUCUGGGUAUUCCCGUGAAUACGUUGGUUUCGAAGUCGAUGUUACACCAAAUUCGUCUGGCGGCGAUGAAUGCGAGCGAUCAGGCCUUGGAAAAAUUGAAAUCGGCGUACGGAGUAAAAGCAGAGCUCACAAAGUUGCGAGCAUUGUUUCUGGGUGGAUGCGGAGAAGUUGCUUUAUACUUUUCCAACCAUGUCUUUGAAGAGUUUGAGAGUAUUCGCCGUCGUCGUGAUGAGGAGAGUGGUGAAAUCGGCGAGUCAAUGGGAGAAGCAAUAGUGCGUUUUGAUACCACCAGAUUGACCGAAGUGUUAAGAGACGCAAUUCUCGAACAUACGAACGAGAGCACGUUUGGAAGUCGUGAAUCAGUUGGUAAUAAAAGAGAAGAAUUUCGAGUUCAAGUAUUUUAUGCACGUCCGAGUCUAGAUAACGACGACGACGAAUAUAAAGGAAGCGAGGAACUUCAAGCGCUAACGGAUUUAAACAUCAUUUACCAAAAGAAGAAGACCCACGCUGCGUUGAGUACAAACAGCAACGCUAUCGCGGCGAGCUUAAUUUGCGAUGCAGUUUCGUUAUCCAAAUAUAAUGAAGUGUUCAAGUAUCUCUUGCAGCUGAGAUUUGCGCAGCGUUCGUUGGAUUAUGGCGUCCUCUCGCAAUGGACAUCUGAAAAUAGAAGGAGAACAGAGCCGUCGCCCUCCACGUCUGGAAUAACUUUAUCUAUCUCAUCGUCGCUCGAAAUUGAGCUGAAACAUUUUGUGCUGACGUUGCGUACGUUUGUGACUACGAAAAUCUUGUCGGUGGAGUGGAAUCGUCUACUUGAGUUCAUCGAUGACUCCGCGCAAUCCAUCGAUGAUGUAAAAUUGGCUCACGAAGUGUAUUUGGACAACAUUUCUCGAGUCGCGUUGGCGACUCCGGAUUCAACUUGGUCGCUCUUAUCGACUCAUAUUAAAAUUAUCUUGACCAUUGCUACUGAGUUCGGAAACGUGCGUCGGCAAGAAGAAGAAGAGGGAGGUGACGUUGGAGUAAAAUUACGCGAGCUCUCGAUGAGAAGAAUGGAGAAAAAAUUCACCGUCGCCAGAGCAAACGUUUUGAAAAUCUUAAAGAACCUCGACGCUGAAUCGGAUGAUGCCGAAAGCCUCUACGAGCAGUUGAACUUCAACAAUUAUUAUAGAAAUUAG